AUGGAAAUUAUUAAAAUACAUCAACAUCAAGGUUCUGGUUCAACGACAUCUCUUUUACAAGCAACUAACGAAAAUAAUUCAAUGGACCAUCGUGAACAUGACCGAACAGUACAACAUAAUUCUUUCUUUCGAAGAUUUUGGGAUCCGUCACCGGACUCUAUCAUAUCAUCUCGAUUUAUUGCAUUGUGUUUUCUAGUAUUUUUUUAUUAUAUAGGCUAUGGUUAUUUACAAGAACUUAUGUUUACAUUAGAUGGCUUUGAAAAUACUGCUUGGUUUUUAACUUGUUAUCAAUUUUUAGUUUACGCUUUUCUUUCAUUUAUUCACUUGGGUAUUACAGGUCUCGAUCAAAGACGGACAAGUUAUGCUUCUUAUAUUCUACUUGCUCUACUCACGGUAAUGACCAUGGGUCUAUCAAACUAUGCAGUGGUUUAUUUAAAUUAUCCUACACAAGUUAUGUUCAAAUGCUGCAAACUUAUACCAGUUCUUAUCGGUGGAAUUCUUAUACAAAAAAAAUCUUUUAAUCGUUAUGAUGUUGCUGCCGCUUUUAGUAUGUCAAUUGGAUUGAUAUUUUUCACUUUAGCUGAUUCAAAGGUUCAACCAAAUUUUAAUUUAUAUGGUGUGUUGAUCAUUUUUUCUGCUCUUGUCGCUGAUGCAGCAAUAGGCAAUUAUCAAGAAAAAAUCAUGCGAGAACAUCAUGUUUCGAAUGUUGAAAUUGUUUUUUACAGUUUUAUGUUUGGUUUUGGAUUUGUUUUAUUUGGUUUGUUGGUGACAAAUAAUUUCUUUGCAAGUUUUGAAUUUUGGAAUCAGCAUCCAGUACCAACUUAUGGUUACGGUUUAAUUUUCUCAAUCUUCGGUUAUCUAGGCAUUGAUAUUGUUCUUACGUUAAUCAAAGAAUAUGGUGCAUUAAUCUGUGUUACUGUGACGACAUGUCGAAAGGCGAUAACAAUUGUAUUAUCGUUUACACUUUUUUCAAAGCCAUUUGUAUUCGAUUACAUUUGGUCCGGUUUAAUUGUUAUUUUUGGAAUUUAUCUCAAUGUUUACAGUCGACAUCAAACAGAAUUCAAUGCAAAAAUAGUAUCAAUUGCUAAUAUUUUAUUCAAUUCGCGUUGGUGGCCAAGGAUUUUAGCACCAGUAACAAGCCGAACAUUGUCUAUUUAG